ACAAAAUUAAUAAGUCCAACAAGGGAGGGUUUGGUAAUUUCAGCUUACCAAGGCAACAAGGGAUCAUUUCAACACAAAGGACCGAAGAAGGGAUAGUUUAGUAAUUUCAUGUUAGCAAGGCAACAGCCGUCCUCCCGCUUAAAAGCGAGCAAACAGCGUCAAACGAAGUGGCAUCUGGAGUCUACAGGCCAAGGAGAAAGAGAAAAGAAAGAAAAAACAAAAAAAAGAAAAAGAACGAGAAGAAAGCUAGCCAGAUUGAUCAAUGGAUCCUGGGGACGCCUUCUCGGCGAACAUCUUCAAGUGGGACCCGCCGGCGCCUCCGCCGUGCCGUUCGAUGGAACCCACACCGGCGGCGGCGGAGGAAGGGGAGGAGCCACAGCAAAUGCAAGAAAGGCGCGGCGGGGAGGAAUGUCAGCCGCGGGAGCUGGGGGAGGUGUUCGCCGGGUACGGGGUGCGGUACGCGACGGUGGCGCGGCUGGGGGAGCUGGGGUUCACGGCAAGCACGCUGGUGGGGAUGACGGAAGGGGAGGUGGAGGAGGUGCUCUCCGCCCUCGCCCACCUCUUCCGGUGGGACCUUCUCCUCGGCGAGCGCUACGGCAUCAAGGCCGCCCUCCGCGUCGAGCGCCGCCGCCUCCUCGACCACCACCAGGCCAUGCUCUUCCUUCGUCACGACCACAACCAUCAACCGGCCGCCGGCGUUGAUGACGACGCUCGCCGGAGGAUGCUUCUUCUUAACUCUCCUGGUCACCUCCAUCACAACCUCGGCGGCCUCAACCACGCCCUCGACGCCCUCUCCCAAGAAGGACUGUCGGAGGAGCCGGUGCAGCAGGAGAGGGAGGCGGCGGCGAGCGGCGGGGAGGCGAUCAACGACGAUGGCAGGGCCAAGCAGCGGCGGAGCACCAAGAAAUCCAAAGCCAAGAAGAAGAACAGGAGGAAGAAUAAGAAGAAGAAGCAGAGAUCAUCACCCGAGGAGGAGGAGGAGGAGGAGGAGGAGGAAGAGGAAGAUGGGUGGGGAACGGGGGGAUCAGAAGAGGGGUCGGAAAGGAGCGUGGUGGAGCGGCAGAGGGAGCACCCGUUCAUCGUGACGGAGCCCGGCGAGGUGGCGCGGGCGAAGAAGAACGGGCUGGACUACCUCUUCCACCUCUACGAGCAGUGCCGCCACUUCCUCCUCCAGGUCCAGUCGCUCGCCAAAGAGCGUGGCGACAAGUGUCCCACCAAGGUUACAAACCAAGUGUUUCGGUAUGCCAAGAAGGUUGGGGCAAGCUACAUCAACAAGCCAAAGAUGAGGCACUACGUUCACUGCUAUGCCCUUCACUGCCUUGAUGAAGAGGCAUCAAAUGCACUGAGGAGGGCCUACAAGGAGAGAGGGGAGAAUGUUGGUGCAUGGAGGCAAGCAUGCUAUAAGCCCCUUGUCGCCAUCUCUGCGAGGCAUGGCUGGGACAUCGACGCCGUCUUCAAUGCACACCCCCGCCUUUCCAUCUGGUACGUCCCCACAAAGCUCCGACAGCUCUGCCACCUUGCGCGCAGCAAUGCCGCCACCGCUGCCUCCAGCUCCGUCCUGGGGGCCACCUCGUCUGAUGGGCUGCCGCCACCGCCACCACCACCACCAAUGUUUUAGUUGUCGGUCAGGGUCUGUCGGAGGUUAAUUUGUAGGCUGUAACAUGUACUUUCUCUUUGCUUUAUCAUCCUGUUUGACAAUGCAGCCACUGCUAUGACAAGAUCGGCCUUUUCUAAAUCGAUUGCGAGGCAAUUGACCGGAAAAAUUUAGUGAUUUCUGUCAUUAGAUUUUGAGAUAGUAUAGUAAAUGGUAAUGCUUUUAGUUUUAAGAACUAGCAUGAUUGCUAAAAGGACAAACUGUUCUUUGAUUAUAUAAAGCAUCUUCUAAGUGAACUUAGAAAAAUAAGGCUUGAAAUAUAGAGAAU